ACAGCUACUAACGUCCCACACAUCAUCAUUCCAUUUCCUCUCCCUUCUGAGUUCUUUCUCUCUAAGAUCAUCCAAACAAUUCUCUCUCAAUUCACGCCGUGCUAUAAGCUUCUCAUCUUUCCAUUAACCUUAACAGAUUCUUGUUCCUGUACCCAAACAACCAGCUUCUCUUCCCUUUCUCGAAAAUUAAAAAAUCCCCUCUUUUUAUCUUUCGAGAAAGGGUUGGUCAGGGAUUUUCGAUCAAAUUGAAUCGAAUUAUAUAAUAAUAAUAAUGAGCUUUCAAGAUCUGGAGGCAGGGCGACCCUUGGCAUCUUCAAGGAGAGAACUGAUCAACGGGAAACAAGAUGCCACGCAAGCGGUUGCUUCUGGAAUCUUCCAGAUCAACACCGCCGUUUCCACUUUUCAGCGUCUUGUUAAUACCCUUGGGACUCCUAAAGACACGCCUGAUCUCCGGGAGAAGCUGCAUAAAACAAGGCUACAUAUUGGGCAAUUGGUGAAGGAUACUUCAGCCAGACUUAAACAAGCUAGCGAAACAGAUCAUUAUGCUGGAGUCAGUCAAAGCAAAAAGAUUGCUGAUGCUAAAUUAGCAAAAGAUUUUCAAGCAGUUUUGAAAGAAUUUCAGAAGGCUCAGCGGCUUGCGGCUGAGAGGGAAACGGCAUAUACUCCUUUUGUUCCCCAAGCAGUCCUUCCUUCCAGCUACACAGCCAGUGAAAUAGAUGUAAGUUUAGAUAAAAGUCCAGAACAACGUGCUCUCCUUGUGGAGUCAAGAAGACAGGAGGUCCUACUACUGGACAAUGAGAUUGUCUUCAAUGAGGCUAUUAUUGAGGAGAGAGAACAGGGAAUACAAGAAAUUCAGCAGCAAAUUGGUGAGGUGAAUGAGAUUUUUAAAGAUCUUGCUGUCCUUGUCCAUGAACAAGGAACUAUGAUUGAUGAUAUUGGCUCCCAUAUUGAAAAUUCCCAGGCUGCAACAGCACAGGGAAAAUCCCAACUUGUGAAAGCUGCAAAGACUCAAAGAUCAAAUUCUUCUCUGGCCUGCUUGCUCUUGGUGAUAUUCGGGAUUGUGAUUCUCAUUGUGAUCGUAGUACUUGCUGCAUAAUCCAAAAAUUUUCUUGAUACAAUCCUUGGAACUAUUUCAAGAGCUGCUUGGCAACAAUAUAGUAUUCUCUAUGCUAAUUCCUUUAUGUUCUUUCACAAGACAUGGCGACUGACUGGAGUGUCCCCCUGCUAGUCAGAUGGUAUGAUGUCUGCACGUGAUCAUUUUAGGCAAUUCUGUCUGGGUGGAGUGUCUGUUUGUUUCUAUGUUCUGCUGCCUUGGGUUUACAAGGGUGUGUGACAGUUUGUGUAAUUGUUUCAAGUUUUAUAGAAAUUUUAAUAAACUAAACAUUUAUUCUUUUUUUUUUUAAUCA